GUGAAGGAACUCGGCGCCGCCGUCUACAACUGCAGUUGUUUGGCCAAAGAUUUAGGUAAGAUCUUUGAAGCUUAUUGGGUUCUUGGUGUUCCUGGUGCCACCAUCCCAGUCCCAUGGCCUGGAAAUUAUUCCACCACCUUCAACAUGGAGACACCUUUGGAGUUGAAACUCAACGACACCGACGCCGCUGUCUUCUUCUCGAGUUCUCCACCGGUUCUUUGUCCAACUGGUCGAACUCAAGAUCUUGAUGCUCUUCUCAACGUCAUCGACGCCGCCGAAGAGUUCGUGGACAUCGCCGUCAUGAGUUAUUUACCCACCACCGAAUUCUCCCACCCUCAGAGGUUCUGGCCGGCGAUCGAUAACCGGUUACGAAGAGCCGCCGUGGAACGCCGGGUCAACGUUAGGUUGUUGGUGGGUUGUUGGUCACACAGCAAAGCCACCAUGUUCCCCUUCCUCAAGUCCCUCGCCGCCGUCGCCGAUAACCGGACUCGUUACAGCGUGGAGGUGCGCCUCUUCAUGGUCCCGACGACGGCGGCGCAGUCCCGGAUCCCCUACGCCCGGGUGAACCACAACAAGUACAUGGUGACGGAGAAGACAGCGUAUAUCGGAACAUCCAACUGGUCCGGUGACUAUUUCACGCGGACGGCGGGAUCGGCCUUGGUGGUGAGCGGGGUGGUGAAGCCAACGGGUACCGGUAACGUCACCGGUGACAUCACCGACACCAUCCGGGGACAACUACAGGAGGUGUUUGAACGGGAUUGGAACUCCCGGUACAGCCCCGACAUCACCGACGCCGAGCGGUGGGAGAACCUGUGCG